AGGAAGGGUACAUCUGAAAAUACUGAGUAGUCUCUUUUUCUUUCUUGUUCUUAAUUAUGGCUUCAACUGUGUUGCUCCUCCUGUUCGCGGCGGCGGCGGCGGCGGCCUUUACUUCUGUUGCAGCGGUUGAUGAUCAUCAGUCCCCUGACAGCCCUGCCAUGUAUAAGCUGAAGGCCAGUCUUGAGUUCCCGCCGGGGUCGCAAUUCCUGAUUAAUUGGAAUAACGUUAACGACACGUGCAAGUGGGCAGGAGUGCGGUGCGACGGCGCCGGCCGGGUUUGGCAGAUCGUAAUCGAAAACUACGGUCUCAAAGGUACCUUCCCGGAGGCCGUUCUCCGAGAACUCCCCUGCCUCAGUGAGUUCUACGCCGGCCGCAACAAUUUCACCUCUUUCCCGCCGGAUCUCUUUCGUAAUUUGUCUAAUUUGGAAACACUUUCUCUAGACUACAAUAUUUUUCUCAAGUCGUGGCAGAUCCCGGAGACUCUCACGGCGGCUCGGAAGCUCAAGUUUUUCUCCGCCGCCGGUUGCAACAUCAACGGCCGCUUCCCGGAAUUUCUCACCGGCGAUAACUUCCCUGCCUUGCAACAUCUUCAUCUGUCGUACAAUUCUUUGUCCGGGCAUCUCCCUUCCCAGCUGCCGACCACUCUGCGGACUCUGUGGUUGAACCACCAAGACGGAAAAGACCCGUUGUCCGGCGGCAUCUCUGUGCUGCAGGGGAUGAAGCGGCUAUCGCAGGCCUGGCUGCACGUGAACACAUUUUCCGGCGAAAUACCCGACCUGUCAGGCCUGACAUCCUUGCAAGAUUUCCUCGUGGGGUAUAACUGUCUUACCGGUACGGUGCCGGAAACAAUGGCGAGCAUCCCUUCGCUGCAAAAUGUAAAUCUGGCGCAUAACCAUCUGACCGGAACUAUUCCUCGGAACAUCAAUCGUCUGACGGGUCUUCUCACACUGGACCUUUCUUAUAAUCAGCUUUCAGGUUGUGUCCCUACAGGAUUUCUCCAUAAUGUGACUGUUAUAACAGACGGAAAUGUUGAUAUAAAUGGAAAAUGCCCGCCGCCGUGAGGACGACGACGACGUUUAUGUCCUGCCCAGUCGAAGCUCUGUUUCUAAAUGACUCUAAUAUUUUGAUUAUAAAUAUCAAUAUUGAUUGAUAUAUAUUAUACUCGUCUCAGUAUAUUCCAAUAGUCUGACAUUUUUCAAGUUAAAUUAGAUAAACUUGAAUCUCUAUUAAAUAAAAAUGGUAAUAUAUUUCAGUUUGGAGUUUAAAAAUUAUUUCAAUCAGUUUAUUUUGUUUCGAAAGAUUAACAUUUUAAUUUAUAGGAUCAGUAUGCAACACAAAUUAAGAGAAAUUGAUGAUUAAAGUUUAUCCAAUUUA